GGCGGUGCUCCUCCUCGUAAUAUAAACAACAACGCGCGCCGCCCGGCCGCAGUCCGUCGAUUAUCAUCCGCGCGCGCGAACGCGUCCACAGCAUGCAAUAAACAAUUAAAGCGCAAGUGAUCAAUACCCAGUUGGAUUAAGUUGACUUAAGUGCGCAAGAUGGAGGUGGUGAUUCAAGAAGCCGUCACGGCUGUGUACGGCAGCGGUGAGAUUAAAGAAGUGCAGAUGCGCGAGCAAUCGCCAGCGCCCGAGGGCGAAGAGCCAAAGAAGAGGAACUCGGAUGCGGUGUCGAUGAUCUCGCAGGUUGAACGCGAUGAACCCACCAAGUUCAGCAUGCUCCCUAAGGACGAUCCGGUUGAUAUACAAUUCGAAAACGUGCGGUUUACUGCUACCAAAGGGAUAUUUAAAAAAGAAAGUAAAGAAAUUCUCCACUCGAUUAAUGGCCGGCUUCCACCGGGUCAACUCGUCGCCAUUAUGGGUCCAUCCGGUGCCGGUAAAAGCACACUACUAAACGCAUUGAGUGGAUAUUCAAUCACUGGAACAAGAGGAAAGUUCUUGAUCAAUGGUUCCCCGCGUGAUUUAAACGCAUUCCGGAAGCUCUCCUGCUACAUCACACAGGACGAUCGACUACAGGCGCUGCUCACGGUCAUGGAGAACAUGUUGGUAGCAGCGGAUCUUAAACUCGGUGCCGAUGUACCACUUACGGAGAAGGAAGACAUUAUUCAGGAAAUUCUUUGUACGCUUGGUUUGUACAAAGCGCGGCAUACACGUGCUGAACGGCUUUCUGGAGGACAAAAAAAGAGGUUAUCUAUUGCCUUGGAGUUGGUUAAUAAUCCCUUGGUUAUGUUUUUGGAUGAACCAACAACUGGUUUGGACAGUUCUUCAUGCAGACAGUGUGUAAAACUUUUAAAAGUCUUAGCUCGUCAAGGCAGAACAAUUGUCUGCACCAUUCAUCAACCUUCCGCGUCACUUUUCGAUAAUUUCGACCAGGUAUACGUCCUCGCCGCAGGUAAAUGUGUCUACCAAGGUAGUACCAAAAUGAUGGUACCCUUUUUUGAUGAUGUGGGUUUCCCAUGCCCAAUGUACCACAACCCAGCUGAUUAUGUUAUUGAAUUGGCUUGUGGUGAACAUGGCACGGAUAAAAUCGACCGCAUGGUCAAAGGGACAGAAAACGGUAAAACUCUACAAUGGAUGAAACACCACGCUAGUUUACCAUCAGCAAGAACACUUCGAGAAAAAUUCGGCCCGAUUAAAAAAUCCGAAGGAAGUGAAUCACUGCACGCGACCUCAGCGUCCCAUCAGCUCAAGAUUCUGCUCGGGCGAGGUUUCCUUAAGGCCAAACGUGAUUCAACGUUGACUUACACCAGAAUCAUGGUAAACAUUUUGACUGGUAUCAUGUUGGGUACCCUCUAUUGGCAGGCUGGUAUUGAUGGAUCAAAAGUCUUGGACAAUUACAAUCUACUCUUUUCUAUACUCAUGCAUCAUAUGAUGUCGACAAUGAUGUUGAUGAUUUUGUCUUUUCCCAAUGAGAUGUCGGUGCUAACCAAAGAACAUUUUAAUAGAUGGUAUUCGUUGAAGAUGUACUAUACUUCGGUUACGAUAGUAGACGCUCCAUUGUCUGUGUUUUGCUGUGUGGUUUUCUCCGUGAUUAUCUACACAAUGACAGCGCAACCACCAAGUUUAGAAAGAUUCGGGAUGUUUACUGCUAUAAGUGUUUUGGUGGUGUUUGUAGCGCAGAGUUUUGGACUUAUGAUUGGCGCUGUGUUUGAUGUCACUAAUGGAACAUUUUUGGGUCCGACCCUUUCAGUGCCAAUGAUGAUGUUUGCUGGUUUUGGUGUGGCAUUAAAAGACCUUCCAUCUUAUCUCUUCUGGGGUAGUUAUAUCUCAUACCUACGAUAUGGUUUAGAAGGUUUUGUUGGUGCAAUUUAUGGCUUGAAUCGGAACACGUUAGAAUGUCCAGAAGACAAAUACUGCCAUUAUAAAUAUCCAACUAAAUUCUUAGAAGAUAUUGACAUGAAAGGAGAUCAAUUUUGGAAUGAUAUUAUCUGCUUAGCGAUCAUUUUGUUCUUCCUGAGAAUAAUGGCGUUUGUUUUGCUCCGGUGGAAGCUCACAGCACAGCGUUAAAUGAAAAUAUUUAAAGUUAUCCAUUAAUAGUUUAAUUUACCAUGUGAUAUAUGAAACAAAUUAAGUUUAAGACGUAAAUUAUACAAAAAUAUUUAAUUUAAGUGACAUCAGGGUUUAAUAUAUUUGUUUAGAAAGAAUGUAAGCCAUUUUUAUUGUUAGAAAAACUAUUUCAAAGGCUGUGCAUGAUCAAUGCAUUUAUAAAUAUAAAUAAAAUAUAAAUACGAUAUUUAAAUGAUUAAUAAUUUGAUUGUUAGUGUUUAUUAGCAUGAUAUUUUGUUAUUAUACGAUGUUAUUAUACAUUAAAGUUGAAUUUAUUUAAAAAAA